AUGACUGUCAAGCACUUCAUUGAGGAUGAGUGUGACGAUCGAGCGGGUGUGGUCAAGCGCGUGCGGAAAUUGCCUGCCACAUGGCAGGCCGACAGUACUGAAGAGUAUAAUUCACUCAACGAUGAGACAGUCAUACUUCGCCGGCAAGAUCUGGACCAGAUUUGGGCUUGGAACAGGGAGCUUCCUCCGCUUAUACAAAGAUGCAUGCACGACAUUGUUCACGAAGUAUCCGAACGGCAGCCAGAUGCAGUAGCCGUAUGCUCCUGGGAUGGGAGUCUGACUUACCGCGAAAUUGACAACCUUUCGUCGCAAUUUGCUAGUGAACUUGUGCGCCAAGGAGUCGCCGUCGGUACCAGAAUACCUCUGUGUUUUGAGAAAUCCAUGUGGGCCGUCGUCUCUCUGCUAGGAGUCAUGAAAGCUGGCGCGACGUUCUCACUUACCGACCCGAGCCAGCCGGAGGCAAGGCUGCGAACCAUUGUGGAACAAACAGGUGCCGAUUUCGUCAUCACCUCAGUUGCCCAGGAAGCCAUUGGUCUCAAGAUCUCGAAAGCAGGUAAACUCAUUGCCAUUUCGCCAGAGUACUUUGAGCAGGUUUCGCAAAAGCCUAGCGAAAACCUGCCUCUGGUACCGGCCUCCUCGCCAAUGUACAUAAUCUUCACGUCGGGAAGCACGGGCAAGCCAAAAGGCGUCAUGAUAUCGCACGAAAACUACACCAGCGGGGCAAUCCCUCGAGCCGAGGCCGUUGGUUACAAGCCUCAUUCAAGGUGCUUUGAUUUUCCCUCAUAUGCUUUUGAUGUAAGCAUAGAUUGUAUGCUGUGUACACUGGCAAAUGGAGGCACAAUUUGUGUCCCAUCCGAGGCGGACAGAAUGAACGAUCUCAGCGGCGCAAUUCGUAAGAGUAGCGCAAACAUGGUUCACAUGACCCCCUCGGUCGCCAGGACGUUGGAUCCGGAUAUAAUUCCUUCCCUGGAUGUUUUGGGAUUGGGUGGAGAGGCUGUUUCAGCAAAAGAUGCUGCUGCAUGGAGUCAACAGACGAACCUGAUUAUUGCCUACGGACCCUCAGAAUGCACUGUCGGCUGUACCAUAAAUAAUACCCUCCAUAUUUCGACCGGAAUUGGGAAAGGUGUUGGCGGUGUAACUUGGAUAACGCAUCCAGAAGAUCACCACGUUUUGAUGGGUAUUGGUGAGGUUGGCGAGCUCUUGAUUGAGGGCCCAGUGGUAGGUAUCGGAUAUGUUGAUGAACCAGAAAAAACGGCAGAAGUCUUCAUUGAGGAUCCAACCUGGCUCAAGUCUGGGCACGGGCAGACAUGUGGUCGUCGAGGUCGUCUGUACAAGACGGGCGACCUGGUCAGAUACGAAUCGAACAACCUUGGCGGCAUAGAGUUUGUGGGCCGGAAGGAUCAACAAGUCAAAAUAAGAGGCCAACGAGUUGAGUUGACAGAAGUUGAACACCACCUCCAACGCUUUCUACCCGCCGGGGUCAAGGUUGCGGCCGAGGUCGUAAAGCCAGGCGGUGCUGGAGCUCCGACUUUGGUCGCAUUUCUCUCGGAGCCAUGUGGCCAAGAUUUCAAGGAGGCCGUCGAGUUGUACUUUGUGGAACAACCUUCAGCCCAACUUAACUCAGCUUUGUCUACAAUCGAUAAAAACAUGGGCGAUAAGGUGCCAAGAUAUAUGAUUCCUGCGGCAUUUGUGCCUCUGAAUGCUAUGCCUUCUCUUAUAUCUGGGAAAACAGAUCGGAAAAGACUACGCGAAAUUGCAGCUUCUUUAUCCCGACACGACCUCUUUGGAAUGCAAAAUCCGGCCACCCCAGAAUCUGAACAAUUACCCCAAACAGAAAUGGAGAAACUUCUGUCAGAAGCAUGGCGAAAAGUUACAGGCUGUGAAGCAACAUUAUUUAGACACACCAACUUUUUCGGAGUCGGAGGCGAUUCGCUUCGCGCAAUGAGACUUGUAGCCGUCUUGAGGGAGGCUUUCGGUAUCUCGAUCACUGUCGCCGACAUUUUUAUGAACCCCACGCUUGCCAAUAUGGCAUCCAAGUCUAGGCGGAUUUGUUCUACGUCUGCUUCAAACUCGAUACCUCCGUUUUCUUUGCUGGAAAAAGACUGGGCAGAGACUAAUGCUCGCAUAGAGACCGCUUCGCUGUGUAGCAUCGAGCCGGACACUGUCGAAGAUGUUUACCCAUGCACGCCCUUGCAAGAGGCUCUUAUGGCGCUGUCAGCCAAGGUGAAAGAAGCAUACGUGGCCCAGCGCGUGGUCGAACUCGCUGAUGUAGAGUCUGCUCAUAGGCUCAUGACUGCUUUUGACAUGGCUCAGAAAGGUUGUCCUAUUCUGCGCACCCGAAUCGUGCAAGUGCCUGGACGUGGACUAGUCCAGGUCGUUGUCAAGGGUCGUUUGGAAUUCUUCGAGGGAACUGAUCUGGAAGGAUAUCUCUCCUCGGACAGAGACGCCUCCAUGGAUCUUGGCAAGCCUCUUGUUCGGUACGCCUUGAUCAGUGACCGUAAAGCCGGCAAAACUAAUUUUGUUUUGACGAUGCAUCAUGCCUUGUACGAUGGAUGGUGUAUGCCGUUGAUCGUUGAUAGGGUGAAUAAAGCUUACAACAGGCAACCAGUUGCACGAUCAGCAGAAUUUAAGCAUUUUAUCCAGUACAUUCGUGAAAUCGAUAAAGAAGCAUCGGCAAAGUACUGGAGGAACCAGCUUCAAGGAGCGAGCAGAUUGCAAUUCCCGUCUCACCCAUUCCCAGGAUAUCAAGCCAAGGCCGACUCUCUUCUCGAGGAGUACGUGGCGCUUCCUAGACUACCUGAAUCUCAUUCAACCAUUGCUACUGUUAUCCGGGCUGCGUGGGCAUAUGUGGCCUCUCGGUAUACCAACAGCGAAGAUGUUGUAUUUGGGGAAACGCUGACUGGUCGCAAUGCCCCCAUAGUCGGCGCAGAAGAGAUCGAGGGCCCCAUGAUUACCACAGUUCCCUUUCGUGUCCAGGUAAAUGGGGAAAUGUCCAUACCCGAAUACCUCGGAGUAAUUCAGAAGCAGGUUGCGGCGCAAAUCCCGCACGAGCACUUCGGUCUUCAACAUAUUCGACGGCUGAGCCCUGAUGCUCUGGAGGCCUGUGAGUUGAAAACCGGUUUGGUUCUCCAUCCAAGUUCUGAGGGCCACAAUGUAUCGGAAGAAAACUUGCCUGCUAGUUGCCUGGUACCAGCCGGUGACAAAGAGGCAGCACAAGAGGCCCUCAAAUUCAACACGUACCCUUUGAUGCUUGUCUGUUCCAUUGACCCCAAGGGCUUCCUUGUCAUGGCCAGCUUCGAUUCGAGAACGAUUAGUCCGCCUUGGAUGCAGCGAGUCCUCGGCCAAUUCAGGCAAGUUGCUGAACAAUUAUGCGAUAAAAGCUUUAGCUGCGUGGGUGAUCUCUCUUGUCUCACACCCCUUGAUCUGACCCAACUGGGAGAGUUACCCAACUCUACGCGCGAAGAUGUAAUGCCGGGAUUGGACGGUGUCGAAUCAUUCUACAUUGUCGACUCGAAGGACACCAAUAAACUAGUGCCGAUUGGAGCCAUAGGGGCACUCAUCGUCCGAUCUAGGUCUGUCUUGCAGCUACCUCGUAUUACAACACCAAGUUGGGUUCGCCAACUUGUCGACCCUGACUCAGAGGAUGCUAUGGGGAAUCUUUACCAGACAGGUGUGCUGGCAAAAUACAGUGUUGAAGGUCAUAUCCGACUCCUCGACGCAGUCACCCAACAAAACGGCGAGGGCAGGAUUGCCGCUCCGUCAACGGCCAAACGCGUAUCUGCGACAUCGCGUCGACAGAGGAGACUCCGGAAGUUAUGGAGCCGGGUCUUACUCGUUAAGGAGGAAGAGAUUGGGUUGAAUGAUAACUUCUUCCUACUGGGCGGUGAUUCUAUUGCCGCCAUGAAGCUUGUUUCGGAAGCUCGAGCUGAUGGAAUCAAGCUAACGGUGAUGCAAAUGUUCGAAAAACGCACGCUAUACGAUAUGGCAAGCGUCGUUGAAGAAGAUUCAGUUUCAAAUAACGGCAAAGUUGAGCAGAUACCUGAGUUCUCUCUGCUGGGUCAGGAGGAUCCUUCCAGUUUUGUCAAUACCGUUGUGCGACCGCAGCUAGUCGACCCGCAAACGAAGAUUCUUAAUGUUCUCCCCACGCGUCCUCUGCAACAAAUUGCCGUGAAAGGAACCACGCAAUUUCCGCGAUACUCUGCACGGUAUGAGCUUAUGUACUUUGAUGACUCCAUUGACGAGGAGCAUGUUCGAUAUGCCUGCCAAGAGCUUGUGUCUCGAAACGAAAUCCUCCGAACAGUCUUUGUAGAACACGAAAACCAAGGAUACGGAGUCGUCCUCGAGCGCCUGGAGGCGGAAUUUGUCACCUAUACCAGCGAAUCAGGUAAUAUCGACAACCUCGAGGAAUACGCCAGGGACUUGUGUCGUUCUGAUGCCCUGUCAGACAUGCCCUUGGGCUCCAGCUUCGUGAAGUGGUUUCUGGUCAAACAUGGCGAGGGCAGGGCUUGUCUAAUAUUGAGAAUCUCUCACGCCCAAUACGACGAGAUUUGUCUUCCAAUACUACUGAAACAACUGUCGGCCUUGUACGAAAACAGACCUGUGCAGGAAUCUGUCCCCUUCUCGUGGUACGUCGGCCAUGUCUUGCAGCACAACAUUCCCAGCAGCAUCGGGUACUGGAAGCGCCUCCUCUCGGGCUCUUCGAUGACUAUUCUAAAGCCCGAGCUGGCUGUCGAGAAGACGAACCACUUUGCUGUUCAGCGCGCUGUGGACAUAGCCACGCGAUCCAGGGACGUCACAGUAGCUACGCUACCGACCGCCGCUUGGGCACUAUGCUUGGCUCGCCGGCUCUCGCUGCGAGACGUGACUUUUGGCGAAGUGGUCUCCGGGCGAAACAUUGACUUUCCCAACGCCGACGCCGUCACGGGACCUUGCUGGCAGUACGUCCCCGUGCGGGUCGAGUUUGAUGCCUCGUGGACAGUCGCCGACCUGCUGGCCUACGUUCAGCACCAGCACGUGGCUUCCUCUGCUCACGAGGGCAUGGGCCUCUACGAGAUCAUGGAUCAGUGUACCGACUGGUCCGAGAAGGCUAGGCCAGGCUGGUUCGACUCGGUGGUCCACCAGGACGUAGCGCACGUCGAGACGCUCCCCUUUGCCAGGGCAAGAUGCCGCAUGGAAACGCUGUACCCGCACGAAGAACCGCUGCGAGAGUGGAAGGUGCAAGCCUUCAUUGACGGAGACAGCAUGACGCUGGAGAUUGUCACCUUGGAGAGCUGGGCAGAGUAUGCCAGGGGGCUGCUUGCGGACUUGGCUCAAGUUGUGGAACUCUUGGUUUCCCGUCCUCGCGCAACUUUAUUCUAG